CCCAAUACAGUAUACUUGGAUUUGUGUGAAAAAUUUUCUGUUGUGUAUUUUAAAUCGUAGAAACUCACAACUCAGUGGCGGAAAUUAUGGGGGCAAGGGGCGGCCCGAAUUGCUCAUUCACAGAAAAUUAAGGUUUUCUAACCCAGAAUUCGUCCAAACAAAUAUUUGUUCACUUGUUGAAAGUGAAUCCCCCCAGAAUCUCUCUGAAUCUUAACAUAGGGGCUGAGCGCCCCAUCCAAGCCAAGCUUCCCCCUCCACGGCACCGUUGCCUGGAUACCGCUGUAAGGUUUAUUGCCUUUUUCUGGCAUUAACAAACUUUUGUAAGCCAAGUGCUGCAAUUGGGGAUAUGAAGUUAUAUACUACCUACAUUAUUCUACUUUCCUGCCCCCCCCCCACCCCCUCGAGUCACUACGGAUGUGCCUGAAACAUGCAGUGACUUGAAUGGCACUGCUAGAAUUUUUUUAGUGGGCUCGUGAUUUGCUAAGCGGAAGUAAAAGGGAACCAAGAAUUAGCUGAUGGAACGCGAGUGAUUUGUAAAUAACACAGAAGAGUGUACAAACAAUGGGGACAUGGAAGCAAUUAUUAAAUUGCUGGCAAACGAUACCCAGGAUGGCUUUAUUUGAAAUUUUGCUGGCAAUUGCUAUGUUUACAGGCAAAAGUGAGACAGCAACAUGUGAACAGAAAAUUGUUGCUGACUUGCCUAGUUUGUCAAAAAUCAGAGAAUUUGGUAAAAUUUAUUCAAUUGAAAUGCCCAGCUCGAGUCCUUUCUCAAAUGGAACAUGUUCGUGGGAGUUUUCAAGUCCAGAAAAUUAUUUGCUAAAUCUUUAUUUCAUCAAUAUCACUUCGCCACAAAAAUCUUCAGGUUCGGAUUGCAGUGGUAAUUAUUUCUUAAUUAAAUCGAGUGACUCUGGUAGAAGUACUCUGGAUGUUUCGCAGCAGUUUUGUUGGCAAAGGGCUUUACCGAGGUUAAGGGUAAAUGGGACAGUCACUGUGGAACUGCAUUAUAAUCAGAACACUGUAAAAGGCGCUGGAUUAUCAAUGGCAGUUUCAGUAGAAGCUUCAUCACCAGGUUGUGGAGGAGUGUUUAACGAUUCAUCGAAUUAUGUUCCCGCUUCAUUUGACUCACAAACAUUUGGUAAUGGAAGCACCAAUUCUCCAAUUCAUUGCGUCUGGUAUUUUCACUUUAUGGCACCGCAAGAAAUGAACAUUCUUGUCUCCCACUUCGAUUUUCCUCAUGAUUUUAAUCCUGAAUGCACGUCUAUCAGAAAAUUCAUUGAGCUGCGCUCAUUUAACGAAUCCACUGGUAUGACCAUUCAGAGAAGCAGGAAAUGCGCCCGAUCUAAUUAUGCAUUGCCUGAAAAUUUUAAAAUUCAAACCAGCAAAAGUUUUGUAGUGACAGUACAUUCGGAGGGGGCGUCAUCGACAAGGGAGAGGAUUCUUACUGCUUGCCUUCCCACAAGUCCAGGCGCAAGCAGAGAAUACUUCAGUGUCGAUGACAUUCAAAACCAAACCUUACAUGAACUGACCAGAGCUAGCAACCCAAAGGAAAAUGUUCGUGGACUUAUCUUACUCAAGCCAGAAAGAUCUGCAGACCAGCUUUUCACUUUUAUCAAUAAUAUUUCCAGGAUUUGCAGUGAAGGGAAGUUGCAAAUUUGGUCUACAAAAGCAAAUAUUUUUAAAUUGGAUACUCAAAUAUGCUCAAGCGCUUUAAGCGGCUCGACGUUUUUGAACUCAAACGUUACAAUUGCAAUCAAUUACGAAGCAAGGCAAGAAGCCAUUGAAGAAACAGAGGUGUCGUUCUUUGCAAGCAAUAAAGGUUGUGGUGGAUUAUUUGAGUUUAAAAUCGGGGACUCGAAAAUAAUAAAGUCCCCACAUUAUGGAAGAAACUACCCAGCUAAUAGCGAUUGCCGCUGGAUGCUCCUUCGUGACAACGGAACUGAGCUGGAGAUUAUUAUCAAUGAAAUGUAUUUAGAAACGUGUUCCGACUGCUCUAGUUGUGAUUACAUCAAAAUAUACAAAGGAAUAACAACCCUCAAGACAUGGAAGCACACAAUAUGCCAAAACUUUAAUACGCCCUAUAUAAUCAAUGGAAAUGUAGUACUUCAUUUUCACAGCGAUAGCGGUAGAGAAAACAGAGGAUUUGCGAUAAACGUAACUGCUUUUAGAGCUUGUGGAGGCAGAUUCUCUUUGUCACCGGGCCAAAGUCUGGAAAUACUUUCGCCCCGGUACGAAUACGGAUCUUAUCCAGCGAAUUCCCUGUGUCAAUGGGAAGUCACCACGACCAGAGAUUCUCUACCGCUAAAUGUAUCAACUGUCAUGAUGGAUCUUGGAUGCUAUGGCGACUUUCACUACGAUUAUGUAGAAAUCUUUAAAAACAAUGGGCAGAAUGUCACCCUGAUGUACACUUUGUGUGAAAAACUGAAUAAGAAUAUUAUGAUCAAUGGAAGCAUCACCGUCCGCUUUCACAGUGACAGUGACACUACCGUUUUGACGUCUGGGACUGGGUUCAAGAUUCUGAUAAAUGCAUUACCAGACCCUGUGAAAAUGACUACAAGACUCCCUUCGACGACCGCAACAACAUCAGUUUCCACAACUCUGAGGACCUCCAAAAACACGACCAGUAUUCAGACUACAAAUUGUUGCAGCACCGUUGAUAAAAAAACUACUCAAACACAAUCAAAGAAUAGAAAAUCUACAAAGGCUUCUCAGUUAUUUUCUACUAUUCAGACAAAGAAAAGCGUUAGUGCGAAAGCUAAAAAGUCAGUGGCUUCAAAUGAAAAUCUCUAUAUCGCCACAAUAACGGUUGGUGCCGUUAUAAUGCUUUGUAUGGGGUUUUUAAUACUGGCAAUUUUAAGAAGGAGGAAACGAAGCCACCAGACAGAAAAGGAAAACAGUGAUCAAGUUGAAAGAAGCAAAAAAAGAAAACGGCAAAACAGUGCAAUGCCUUUAGUUAGCAUGGAUGAUGCCAGGAAGACGUCUCUGGCAAACAACGCACUGGAUGGCAUAAUUGAAAACAUAGCCUAUGCAGAAAUGAAUAUACCAAGCAAGGAAAUGGAAAACCCAUACUACAGAGCCAGUGAUCAUCGACAUGCAAAGAUCAAUCCAUGCUAUGCAAGUGGGACAAUUGAGGAAGAAGCUGAAUAUGCAACGGCGAACGAGCAGCAUAUAUACUCGGAUGUUCUAUCAAAAACGUCUCCUGAUGGCUACAGUUAUGCACAGAAUCCUGCCACUACCAAGACAGAUGUUUCACAAGACAGUGGGAGUAAAGAAGGCGACGAGAAUCCUUACGAAAGUACCGAUUACGGUUAUGUUAUAUAGACAUUUGAAAUCGUAUCUCUGCAAAAUGAUUAUUUUUUGAUUAUUUUAUGAUAAAGUGCGGGUUCACAAAACCAUUUAUCUAUAAAUAAUUGCUAAAUCUCACCUUAAGACUAUAGCCUGGUUCUCUCGAAUGCCAAUCUGCUCUUUGUCAGACAAACCUGGAUCAAGCCUUGCAGAAUAGAAAUUAACAAAGUAAAAAUUAACCACCAAAAACUCAAAUCUAACCUACAUGUCAAGACAUAUUCUAUCUACAGUAGCUUACAACAUAACCUGGGUGCCAGAGCCUCAAGAGAGUCAAAGGAUGAUAAACGGGGGAAAGGAAUUGCGAAGGAGAAUGGGAGAGGAACCUCCGCAAUUCCUUUCCCCCGUUCUUCAUCCUUUGACUCUCUGAGGCUCCGGCAGUCCAGGGUACUUACAACUCAAAGAUGACGAUUCAACCAGUCUCAGAAUAUUCUACUUCCUAAAAACUGAGAUAAAUUUCUGGCAAAAAAUGCACUGACGUUUUCAAGCAAAAUUCUAAAGGCAAGGAAGAAAAUAUUGUUGAUUGAAGCUGUUUGCAUGAAAUUAUUCGACUGAAUACUCAAAAUAGAACAUUUAACUGCAAGUCAAGUUGAAGGGAUUUUGUCAUGAUUAAGGGAGAAGAAGGAGAUCUCCAAGUUAUAAUUUGAUUUUCAUGUCAUGAUUUUGUCAUGUCAUUAAGUCAUGAUUUUCGCCCUGUAACACUAUGGGUUGAUAUGAGACUGUUGACGUGAAGUCACCUUGUAAGAUCUUGAUUAAAGGUUUUUCCUGUGGUUUUGUUAAUUAUCAGAUGUAAUAAAGGGUCAAAAUCACAUGUAACAACGCUGAUCACACUGAAAGCAAACGACUCUCUGCAGUCAUUUUUCAUUAUUGUACUGAACAAAGUAAAGCUUAAAAUAGCGUCUUUGAAUUCACUUAAAGAGGACUCGUUAAACUAAAAAAUAUAAUUAUUAUUCGUAUAUAUUGGUUCACAAUGGAAGGAUAGAUAUUGAACAAAUUGUUUAAACUACAGAGGAUUGAAAAGAUGGAAGCUUCUAUGUUUACCAUAUACCUACGAAACUUUAUCUCUGAUUCCUCACAUUGAAGGUAAACGAACCUCUGCGAAUGACACCCAUUAAUUAUGACCAAAUGCAGUUUAUAGGAAGUAAACUUGCACUGACGGUGUCUAGUUUAGACCAUCAGGCACCGCGCAGCCAUUGGGCUAGCAGGGGUUAAAGCCCACCCCCCACCUACUUUUUUUAAAUAAUUGGUUAGAAAAUUUUUAGAAAGGUUACUCUAGCGCAACCUAUAAAAGUAGUAGCAGUUCUUCUUGACUGGGAAUCCUUUUUGUUCAUUUUCUUGGCGUCUUAUCUUGUUUAUCUAUUUUAUAGUAAUUGUUACCUUCUUUGAAAUGGACUGUUCAAAAAUAAUGAGUUGAAAGAAGCAAGUAUUUUCUAAAAGGGGCGUUUCUCAGGGCGUGGCUUCAAAAGGGCAUGGUUUCUAAUAGGCGUGGCUUCAAAAAUUUCGGCCACACCUCAGUAUACCCACUUUUAGACUGGUGCGUGGUGCCUGUAGACCAUAGCCUGGUUCUACUUCAGUUGGACUGUGUCUAGGUCAUAGCUUAAAUUAGCUAAAGGUCCCUAACGAGAGGGAAACAGUACCGUGUAUCUAAUUAUUUUAUUCAUACUUUUUAAGAGUUUGUUAGUAAACAACAGCAUUUCUUAAUUUUUCGCAAUGCUUGUAAUUUGAAAGUUUGUCUAAGCUAUUCUUUGAAAAAGAUGCUUUAUAUCAAUUAACUUAAUAUAGUGAAUAAAUAUAGAAGUAUUACCUAUAUGUUUUU